AUGGUCAACUCCAAGAUCCUCUCGGUAUAUGUGGCUUUGGCAGCUGGCUCUUUUUCUAACGCUGCUAAUAUCUUUGACGGUCUUGAAAGGGGCACCAAGUGGAAUAUCUGCAUCCACAAACCUAUCAAGCAUGACACGGCGGACGAUAUAGUCCCCAAAGACGGCUUUGUCUAUGACAUUGACAUGGAGCACGCUCGUGACUUCCCUGGCACCAUCCCCGCGAUCAAGGACUCUGGCAAGAUUGUCCUUUGCUACUUCAACGCGGGCGCCCUCCAGGACUGGGACGCCGAUAAGGAUGCCUUCCCAAAGGCUGCCAUUGGGAAGACAUUGGGCGGUGACUAUGAGGAUGAGUGGUACCUCGACAUCCGCAACCAAGAUGUCAUAGAACUCAUGUACAAGCGCAUCGAGGAGGCUGCCGUCCUCGGCUGCGACGGGGUUGACCCUGACAACGUGGAUGCUUGGGCCCAAGGAGACGAGGAUGCGACUGGCUUUGGACUGACGCAGCAAGACUACACGGAUUAUCUCAUCAAGCUCGCCAAGUUUGCGCAUGACUCUGGUGCACUUGUGGUUGGCCAGAAGAACGCGCCCGCCAUGGCCCCUGCCUUGGUCGAGACUCUGGACUUUGCCGUGCUGGAAUCUUGUCGCGAAUGGGACUUUUGCCAGGACUUCCAGGUCUACGUCGAGGCUGACAAACCAGUCUUCCAAAUUGAGUACCCUGCGUCCAUCCUGGAGCAGGGUGAGCUCAGUUCCGAGGACUACAGGAAGCACUGUCAAGGAGAUGCCGGCGACGCAGGAUUCAGCAAGGUCUUGAAGGGAGCCAGUGCGCAGCUUGAUGGGUGGACCCAAUACUGCGGUGAGGAACCUUCCGAGCAGGCCGUUAUCGAUUGGUAG